GGUCUGCAUUAUCGGUCAUUGGACGGGCGUAUUGAAAAUUCUAUUUCCCUAUCGAAAUUAUUUUUGCUUUCUGUAUUAUUAGGCCCUAUUAAAUAUCAUAUUUAUGUGAUUAACGUGGUAAACCGAUUGUUUAGGUUAAAAAGGACAGUUUUCAUAAUAGUUACAAUAGUAAUAGAAUUUGGGUUUUUUUAUUUUGUUUCUGUCGUAAACACCUUUGAAUAUCCUUUAAAUUUCAAUAAUAAACUUAUUACUUGUGUCGUGAAUUAUGUAUGAGUCAUAUUGGUGUUGCGUAAAAAUAUAAGUAUUGACGGAUUUUCGUAGUCAGUUAUAAUAAUGGCUGAUUUGAUUCGUGCUAUGGGUGCGCCUAUUGGACCCCCUAUAAAGGAUAAGUUGGGUUCGCCAUCGACAGAGUCUGAGGAUGGUGGCGGUGAUAUAGCGGAGUUGGCAGCUGAUUUAGAACUGGACGAAGCUGAUGGGCCAAGUACUAACGGUGAGAGACAAGCAGUCCUUGCACCUCCUGAAACAGAGUGGUACCAUGGACGUCUAGACAGAUACACGUCUGAAGAGAGGCUCUGGGCUGCUAGUAAACAUGGCAGCUACUUGGUUCGUGAAAGUGAUCGUAAGCCAGGGUCCUAUGUGCUGAGCUACCUGGGACGUACUGGAAUAAAUCAUUUCAGAAUAACUGCAGUAUGUGGUGACUACUAUAUCGGGGGUCGUCAGUUCGACUCCUUGACAGAGCUAGUAGGGUUUUAUAGCCACUGCUCAGAUCUUUUAAAGCGCGAGCGUUUGAUCGAACCGGUGCCACCACCUGAACCUGUGAAUGAUAAGAAGCGCGUAGUGGCGAUUCUGCCAUACACUAAGAUGCCGGACACGGACGAAUUGACCUUCCAGAAGGGCGAUAUAUUCUUCGUGCAUAACGACAUGGGCGACGGCUGGCUAUGGGUCACUGCACACAGAACGGGUGAGCAAGGAAUGAUCUUCAGAGAGCUAGUUGAGGACCUAGAUCCUUCGAUCGACCCGAACACCGUCUUUUCCUGGUUCCAUCCCAAUUGUACCAAGAGCGAAGCAGUCGAUAUGCUGGUCAAAGCUGGACCAGGAAGUUUUCUAGUCAGGCCCUCAGAUAAUUCUCCGGGAGACUACUCCUUGUUCUUCCACAUCAACAACCAAAUCCAAAGGUUCAGGAUCGAAAAGAAGGGGGUCCGGUAUUUGAUGGGAGGGAGGACGUUCGAGUGCUUGGACGCGGUCAUCAACCGAUACAGGAAGGAACAGAUUGUUGAAGGGCACACACUUGGACAGCCUUUAAUCGCCGAAGGACAUGUAAUUGAGCCGCAACAGAAUGCAACGGGCGCGGCCGCUGAGAAAAUCUACGCCACCCUCAGAGAAUGUCGAGAUCAAAUCGGCCUCAAGAAGAUGAAGGGUAUCAAGCAUCAGGGAUACUUGCAUAAGAAAUCCGAUAAAGGCGCCAAGAAGUGGAAGGCUUUAUACUUCGUGCUUUUACAAGAAGGCACCGACACGCAUCUGUACUUUUACGACUCACCGAAACGGACGAAGCCGAAAGGGUUAAUCGAUCUCUCUUGUGCUUACUUAUAUCAGGUGCACGAAUCACUAUGGGAGAGGGAGUUCUGCUUCCAACUCGUGGAGCGCGCGUUGCCGUGUCUGUCGACGCAUACAUUUUUAGCGGCGUCCGCGGCGCACGAGUUACGGGCGUGGCUUGACGCACUCCGACCGCUCUGCGUACCUCAGCAGGCGAGACAUCACUGCAAGGUGGCACGCGUGGUGUGGCUGCGCGCGCUGCGCGUGCGCUGCGUGACGGCGCACCGCCUGCCCGCACGCCUGGCGCCGCGCCCGCACCUGCGCCUGGCGCUGGGCGCCGCACCCGUCGCGCGCACCCGCGCCCGACCUUCCCCAGACCCGCACUGGGACGACGAGUUUGUUUUCGACGAUGUACCACCCGAUGUGACGUCAUUCACCAUUACUGUGCACAACACCGGCAAGAGAGGGAAGGAAUCCGAAGUCGCCGAGUUGACGAUAGAACUAGCUAACUUGGCCAAUGGUGAAGAAGUAGAAGAAUGGUACCCAUUAGCUGGAAUGACGCCUAUUGGUGAAUGGGGCUCUUUAAGACUUCGUAUAAGGUAUAUGCAAGAGCUAGUAAUGCCGCGUGAGGAAUACAACCCUCUACGCCAGUUGCUUCUGGAGCCGGGGUUGCCUGCCGUCAAGGCACUCGCGGACUUGUGUCGGACUGAUAGGCAGCCGUUGGCGACAUCGGUGCUGCACGCGUUCUCGGAGUGCGGUCGCGGGGCGGAGCUAGCGCGCGAGCUGGCGUCAGCGGAAGUGGGUCGCGAGCCCGAUCACCGCGCCUUGUUCCGCGCCGCGUCUCUCGCUACCGCUGUGUUAGACGAGUUCAUGCACGCGCUAUGCAAGCCCUUCCUGCAGGCGGCGAUAGCGGAGACCGUACAGAAGUUGAUCGAUUCCAAGCAAUCGGCUGAAUUGAACCCAACCAAAAUGGACUCACCGGAUGAUGCUUGCAACAAUGCUGAGUUCUUGCUUAUGAUCUUGGAUCAGAUCACGCUGUCGAUAUUCACGUCUCCCGAGGCUUGCCCGCGGCCCGUGCGUUACCUGUGCGGCUGCCUGCAGCGCGCCGCCGUCGCCAAGUGGCCCAACGAGAGAUUUGUACGUACCAGAGUCGUAUCAGGGUUUAUUUUCCUACGGUUGAUAUGCCCCGCUCUCGUGGAGCCGCGCGCGUGGGGCCUGGUGUCGGCAGCGCCGCCUCCGCACUCCCAGCGCUCGCUGUUGAUGGUCGCCAAAUGUUUGCAGAACCUCGCCAACCUCAUCGAAUUUGGAGCCAAGGAACCAUACAUGGAAGUGGUGAAUCCGUUUAUACUGAAGAACAAAGAACGUAUGGUAGUAUUUUUGGACCAACUGAGCUCCGUGCCGGAUCCUGGCAACACACCCGCAAACUCAAACAAUAAUUUUGAUAUUGCUAAAGAGCUAGCAACAAUCCACCACAUCUGCGUGUCACAUCUGAGCGAGCUACAGAACCUGGCCAAGAGUCAACCCGCCAUCAGGAAGCUGGUGACCGUCACCGAGAUGCUCACCAAGCACAAGCACAAGUACCUCGAGAUGAUCAGAUAGGACACGCCGAUGCAGAACACAGGGUAAAAACACUAACAGGACAGCGAUAGCAGUAGUUCGUAGUACUCCAGCGCAGGACUGACUUUUAGUCGCGUAGUCAUUCUUAGCUUUAGCGGUUAGCCUUACAUUUAUUUCAACGAAUACGAAUACAGAACAACAUAGUCUCGAGCUUACUCGUGCCAAAACGUAUUCGUUGUUUAGUAUGUUACGUGUAUUCCUUUAAUCGUAUAACAUUUAUUUGACUGUAUUUAGAGUAUUUUAGGUGCGUCACGAUGACUCUCUAGUUAUUAUUAUAAGUCGUAUUUAUUACUAGUGUUUUAAAUCACUUUAAUUCUUUUUUACUGAGUGACAUUGAAUUAUUAGUAGCAAUUGACAAAAAUACACGUUUUCUUCAUUAUAGGUUUUUACAAAACGGUUUUUAUAUGCGAGUUAUGCUUUUUGUAAUAUUAUGUACUUACACAAGUUAGUUUUAGCAAUUACCAAUUAGCUACUAAUAAUUCAGUGACUCCUUUUUUGUAAACGUAGGCUAUAUGGACGUAAAAAAAUUGACAAAUGAAUUUAGAAAGCGAGUACAUAUAGAAAUUACAAAAUAAUAAAAGAGUAAUGGUAAUUUUGCUAACAUUUUGUACGUGAUCACUUUUUAUACCAAUUACCUCGCUUUGGAAAUGAGUAUGAAUGUGUAUGUGUGACAAAAUCUAUAAUGACAUCACAUUAGUGUUAUGUUAGAAUCCUAUACAGGGUGUAAAAAUGCUGUAUUAUAGGAAGAUUUUAGGCGACAAGCCUUUAUGCAAAAAAAUGUAUACUAUACGCUAUCCGCGGAAGAAGUUAAUAUAAUAUAUAGUUAUAACAGAGAGUGCUAUACUAAUUCUUUCCGCUGAUAGGGUAAAUUUCGGGGUUUUCAAUCAUUCAAAAACUUUUAGUCUUGACAUAAAUAGUCUUCUUAUACUUUAACUUGGCAUACUUACACCCUAUAUUUUACUAUAACAUGCUAUAAUUUAUUAGAUUUAAAGUUUAGAUGUAGUUAUUCUUAAGGUGAUUCAACCGUCAAUCGCAAAGACACCAAAAAAAUGAUUUAGAGAUCGAGAAUGGUAUGUGAUAGACACUUGUCUGAGUAGAAUUUAGAAAGAAAAGUGUGUGAGUCCCUUUAAUUAUUGUUAUUAUUAUUCGAAUAAUGAAAUUCGCACUUCCUCCAAUUUAUUCUCUGUGAUAGUCUCUUCAAGAUAUAUAUUUUUAAGCUUGAAUUGGUACACCGAUUUAUUAAUACCUUUACUAUACAUUCUUAUAAAUUGCAUUUAUGACUGAAUUUUGUCUGUUGUAUGUUUUGCUUGUUGUAUGUUGUCAUUUUUGCAAUAAUUUAUUUUUUUAUUCACUUAUAUACCUAUAGAUUUAAUUGGUCUACCUAUAAGUUGUCUUAAAUUGUUCUUGCUCAAGGAAGGAAUUAAUUUAGUGCCAUAUUUAAUAUAAGCGGCCGAUUAGCUUUGGUUUGCUUCGCACAUUUAAUAUACCAUGUUCAUAAGUUGCAAAAUUAUGUGUACUGUAUAAGUUAUCCAGUGUAGGCAUAAUUGGAAACAUUUAUCAUAAUCAAAAUUUGCACUUGUCAGAAAAAUACAUAUUACAUGAAAACGGAUGAAAAAAUAGCUUAUAAUUUUUUUUAAAUAUUUUUAUGUAAUUAAUAGUAAAAUGCAUCUCAUAAACCAAUUGUAAGCAUUUAAAUAUAAAAAUUUUGAUGACAUAAAGUAAUUUAACUAUUAUUUCACACUAUGGAUCAAUAUUCUUUCUUAUCAGAUGUCUAUGUCAUAAUAGCUAUCUGCAUGACCAGCCCGAUCUGUCCAGUAAUUAGACCUGUGCGUUGGUAAAUCAGUCAGUCAGUCACGUUUUCUUUUUAUAUUUUCGUUCUAGCAAAGAUUCUUGCAGUCUAACAACACUACAUAUUUUAACACCGCUCAAGCUUUCCGAAUUCGGUUAUUUUCUUUUAUUGUUACAUUAAUUAAUUAAAAUUCCUUUAAUGUUUACAAUUACCUUGGUUGUUCAUACGUAUUCCUAUAAUUUAUGAUUGACAUUUGAAAUCUUUUCCUUCUUUCGAAUUUACACCAAUAAAAUUACAAUACUUUACUAGCUUUUUAUUAAAUGAAGAAGGAAACUCCAUGAUAUGAUAACAAUUAACAAAAAAUAACUUGCCUUUCAAAGUAAAAAAAGUUUAACACAAAAUAUAAUUAAGUAGUACCUACAUGUAUAAUAUUCAGCGUUAAAUCCACUGUAGUCUUUAUUUAUAAAAUAACUGUUAUUAAAACCUGUUAUAUAAAUUAAAUUAUGCUCUCACAAUUGAUUUAUUUUGCUUUAACUGACAAUUUGUUCAAUAUCGAUUGAUAUAUAUCCUUAUUUUCUUCUUUAUUAUUUAGUCAGAUAGAUUCUUUUGUUACUAAUAUUUCGUGAGUUAUUUUAAAAUCUGAAAAUUACUAAUCUGUGUGCGAUAAAAGACAAAAAAAAAAACUGCAAAGAUUAAUAGAAAUUAUUUCUAUUAAUCUUAACUGUUUUGAAAAGUUCUGUUUUACAAAAUAUAAAAUAAAUUUUUUAUCAUAUUUUUGUUUUUUUAAGUUACUAUCUUAUAUAGGUAUUACCUACCUUGUUCAAGAUUUUUCUUGUAAGUCUAGAAAUAAUUUUACGGUAACUUUACAUGACGACAUUAGGCACAGUCUAUGUACCGGUUGUCGAUGUGUGUACAUACAUCACCGCGGCCCCUUGUGCAAAGCCGCGCUGAAGGACAUGAGGUUCAUUUACGCCAAGAACCUGGUGGCGGCGGACUCCUCACAGAUCAUGGCGAUGCAAACGCAGAUAUACAUACUGCAGCAGGGUGAGUGGCCCUUCGUCACGCAGGUUGAGAGAAGAGUAGGUCAGAAUUGGAAUUCCAGAAGUCAAGGAUAGCGCACAUGCAUGUUACAGUUGGGAGAUUUACCCAGAAUAUUGCUGAAGCACAAGUCAAAGAGCAACCGGUGCGAUUGCGAACAUGGAGAUUUACUCUUGAGAAGAAUGGCUCAAAAUUGCUUAUCAAGUAGAUCCCUUGAGCCUCUGACUGAAUUCCGAAAGGUCGGCGGUUCAAACCCCACCCGUUGCACUAUUGUCGUACCCACUCCUGGCACAAGCUUUACCUUAAUUGGAGGGGAAAGGGGAGUAUUAGUCAUGAUUUAAAAAAAGUUGAUGCUAUAGCUAUAAUAUAGUAUCGAGUGUCAGUGUCGUCAUGUAUGCCAAGCUUUAUGAUUUUGACAACUUUUUAUAUGCCUUUUUGGUAUUAUUGAGCUAUAUUCUAUAAAUAAUAACAAAAAAACUAUCUACUGACCUAAUUACCCACUUUAGUAAUCGUUGAGAUAUUUUUUCUGUAUACAAGAUAUAAUAUGACAAAUUUUUUUUCAUUUGUUAUGAUUUAUGAAUAUAAAUUUUUAUCUUUUUUGAUACAAUUUACAUUCACAGAAUAUACUUAAUCAUUUCAUUUCGAUUUACAGCUUUAUGCAGUAAAUAAGCUGUAAUGACACUUCUAAAGCAUUUACACUUUUCACUUGCUCUUCAGUCCCUAGUUUCAUUCCUUUGUAAUAUUUUAUUGCUAAAUUAAUUUUUAUUAACAAUAGAUAAAUGAAAAGUUUUUAGAAUGACUCAAUGCAUCGAAGUUGAUUACAUUACUUAUUUAUUUAGCAAUAGCUUGUAGUGUUAGAGUUGUGUCUCUGUAUAACUAUUAGGGUGCAUAUAGAUACAUAAUGCAUGUAAAUGGCGCAGGUAGUCGUGUGCGAACCCGCAUGAACGCUGCCUGUAAUGCAUGCAUCAUGUACACACACCUAAGGUGGCGUUUGUAAGUUUGACUGAGAAAAAAAAUAGAUAUUUAACAGCAGAAUACUUAAUGCUAAAGAAUGCCAUUAAAAUUGUCGGAUUUUGACAUUUUGUCCAUACAGUAGACAGCUUGAUUGCGGUAGAAUGACGGCUACAAUGUCAUGAUCGCAAUCACCUGAUUGGUUGACGCUCGCUCACUAUUGGCUAUAAUGCAUUGUUGCAACAAGAACACCAUAAAUUCAGCCAAUCACAACAACUGUGAUUGUAAAAAUGAUUGAUGCAGGUUUUCGGGAAUGGACCUGCAUGUCAAAAGAGAGACAGCCUUGAGUGUUAAAAUUUGUUUCACUUCAGUAUGCAGGUCAUGAAUAAAUUAAAAAGAAAUCCUUUAUAAGAAGAGAGCUUAAUAUUAAAGAAAGUAUCUAAUAUAAUCCCAACAUAAUCUUGAUUUUUGUCUCACAAGUAUCUUACAAAUGUCACCUUUAGCUAAGGAUAGGAUGAUGUCUAGACUGAUUUGUGCUCUAAUAAUUAAUAAUUGUUAGAUAAUGUGUUAGAGUAAAAAUGUAUUAAUAUGCACUAGGUUUUCAUACAAACUAUCAUUUCAUAAUUUGGCAGAUAAAGAUAAUGAAUAUUGUUAUAUUAGGUAUAUUAUGCGACUGGUCAACUUAUGGAAAAUCAUGUUUUGUACUGUCAGUUUUUCAAAUUUUGGUUAAAAACUUAAUUGCAAUAUAAGUAAGUUACUUUAUUUUGUUUUUAAAGCAUCAGUUGUCUUAAUAAAAUCACUUGUUAACAAUCAGCAUUUAAAUCUUAUUUUCAAAUAAUAAUUAUGUUUCAUUUACAUACAGUAUGACAAAUAUUCAUUUUAUCAAUUUUGUAAAAUGUUACUUUUUUAUUGUAUUGAUUAGUGUUGUAUUUUGUGACUGUUUUGAUCUUUUUAUAUAUUCUAAUCCUAGUAUGUACUGUUUUUUCAUUAAAUUUUUAUCUGUGCUAGAAAUCAUGAUUCAUAUGAAUAAAGAAAUAUAAAAGU